GUUUUGCAGUGAUCAUGGCUGCUCUGUGCUGCUCUGGAGACUGGCUGCUGACGAGCUGCUCACAGUAUCUAAUAGCAGUGAACAUCAGAGAAAGCAGGGAAGCAUUCGUGUUUGACUGUGCCAAAGCGGAGCAGGAACCGAAGGAAGCUGAAGCUGAGAAUAAAAGUGAUGGAGGGGGCUCGGAGGAGAAGGGCAGUGAUCGGAUCCUCGCCUGCACCAUAUCAGCUUCAGGAAAAUACGCUGCUCUGACAGACGACAACAAACGGCUCAUUCUGUUCUGCACACAACCGUCAUGGCAGUGCAUCAGUACGAGGUGGGUUGUGCGGAGGUGCACCUCCUUGGUGUUCAGUCAGGCUGAGGAUGAGCUGUUUGUGGCUGAUAAGUCAGGCGAUGUCUACUCAUUUUCUGUUCUGGAGCCACAGAAACAAGGCGAGCUGAAGUUGGGCCAUCUCUCUAUGCUCCUCUCCAUAACGCUGUCUCCAGAUGAUAAGUACAUCAUUACAGCAGACAGAGAUGAGAAGAUCAGAGUGAGCCUCCGCAGAUCUCCAUACAACAUUCAGGCCUUCUGUCUGGGCCACAAAGAGUUUGUCAGUGCACUGUUAGUUCCUGCUGGACAUCCUGAAUGGCUCUUAUCUGGCUCAGGGGACGGCACAUUGAAGCUUUGGCAUUAUGAGACUGGCAGGAGGUUACAGAGCUUCGACCUGAAGCAGCUCGGCUUCUCACAGAGCUCUGAAACGGAGACUGAAAAGCCGCAGAGGUUUGCUGUGAGUCGGAUAAUCAGUUCUCCAGAUGGACGCCAUGUUGCUGCACAGUGUGAGAGAUCUCCCUGCAUUCAGCUGUUUGAGGUGGAGGAUGGGUCAUGGGGGCUCUUGACCCCCACCAAGAAACUUGCCCUGCCUCAUGCUCCUUGGGACAUGACCUUUGACCAUCAAGGUCGACUCUGGGUGUUGCUGCAGAACAAGGACACCAGCGUCCUUCUGUACACUCGCUCACAGGAGCACUGGCAGAAUGACUCAGAAAGUGCUGAUCUACAGAGAGUAACAGAAGCACUCCACACCCAGUGGGACGUCUUCAAAGACUCAGUGGGGGCGGACAGCUGCUUCAAGCACCUCUACAAGGUCAACUUUGACAACAUGGCCUCGUAUUUGCAGAAGAAGCAGGAGAGACUGCAGCAGCAGGGUCAGAAGGAGGGUAAGAAGAGGACAGAAGGAAAUGGCCUGCAGUCCAACGGGGCAGCAAAGAAGAGCAAAAAGGAGAAUAAAAGUGAACCAGUGCCUCCAAACUGCAGCUAGAACCCAGCAGAGAUGCAUUUAGAUUUUUAUUUUAACCCAACUGAUGAUGAACAUUCCAGUGAUGGUUUGGUUGGUGUGUAUGGAUCUCAGUUCUGCUUCCUUUCAGCUGCAUUUAAAUGCAUAUUGUUAUUUUUACAAAGGCAAAUAGAAAUAUCAAUUUUUAAAAUAAACGUUUUUGUUUCA